GCGAGCUGGUACACUAAUCCCUCGGGUUCGGCUGCAUCCCGGCCCUGGGAUAAACUGUCAUGUAUGUCCUGGACAUUUGAAAAUGCUACUUGGACUUGUACAUGUUUUUUUUAAAGUUGUUUUUUAAGGAAAAUGCAAACUAUGGUUCAGCAUGCAGCGCUGUGCACAUCAAGGAAGGUAGCAGCCUAUCAGCACCGCCCGUGAGACCCGGCAACAUAGAAGACCUGCUGCUGCUUCUUCUGACGCCUGAAAUCCAGGAGACCAAAAGAGAACUCGCUGCUCCUCGGGAGGAUUAUGUCAUUAUAGCUGACAACUUGAGCUCCUUCAGCAAACAAAGGCUACCAGACAGAGUCCCUCCUGCUGCGCCCACGUAGGCAGGAAUCAUGGAUGACCCCUACCACAACAAUGUGAACCAGCAGAUGACUGAGGGCGGAGAAUACACCUACACUCAAGAUGGAGGAGGCCACGACGGCUACCCUUACCAGACGGACUACCCCCAACAGGACGAGGAUGCUGCCAGUGACGCCACCGAGGGGGCAGACGAAGACGAUCAGAUGUACGAGGGGGAAUAUCAGGGCAUCCCCCACCCCGAUGAGAUCAAGGAGGCACGGCGGGCCGCCCGGUUGGAGGCCAAGAGGAAAGCUCGCCUGGCUGCGCAGCAGGAGGAGGAGGGGGGCGAGGAAAGCCUGCCGGAGCAGUAUGAGUCCAUCAUGGAGGACUGUGGCCACGGGCGCUUCCAGUGGAUGCUCUUCCUCGUGCUUGGCCUCGCACUGAUGGCCGACGGCGUAGACGGCUUCGUGGUGGGCUUCGUCAUGCCCAGUGCUGAGAAAGAUAUGUGCAUAUCCAAUUCAGACAAGGGACUCUUGGGUCUGCUGGUGUACGUUUCCAUGAUGGUGGGUGCCUUGGUGUGGGGCGGUCUGUGCGACAAGAUGGGGAGGAGGAAGUGUCUCAUCUACGUCCUGACCAUCGACCUGGUCUUCUCCUUCCUGUCCUGCUUUGCUCAGGGUUACGGCUUCUUCGUCUUCCUCAGGUUCUGCUCCGGCUUUGGAAUUGGCGGAUCCAUCCCAAUCGUGUACACCUACUUCACUGAGUUCCUGCAGAUGGACAAGCGUGGAGAACAUCUGAGCUGGCUCUGCAUGUUCUGGAUGCUGGGAGGCCUGUACGCCUCCUUCACCGCCUGGGGAAUCAUUCCUCACUAUGGCUGGGGCUUCGCCAUUGGCACCCAGUUUCAGAUCCACAGCUGGAGACUGUUCAUGUUCGUGUGUCUCUUCCCCGCGCUGGCUGCGCUCAUUGGGGUCGUCUUCAUGCCGGAGAGUCCACGUUUCCUGCUGGAGAAUGCCAGACACGAUGAGGCGUGGAUGAUCCUGCGAAAGGUUCAUGACACCAACUGGAAAGCCAAGGGGGAACCGGAGCGGGUCUUCACGGUUACAAACAUUAAGACGCCACAAACCCAGGAGGACGAGUUCAUUGAGAUCCAGAGUGACACCGGAACCGCCUUCCAGCGCUGGACAGUCCGAAAAAUGACCAUGCUGCAGCAGGUGAUGGCCAACGUGAUGUCUUUAUCUGCUCCAGAGCUCAGGCUCCAAGGCCUGUUUCUGGUCAUCGUCUGGUUCUGCAUGGCUUUCAGCUACCACGGGCUGGGAGUGUGGUUCCCUGACAUGAUAAAGUACAUGCAGUACGAGGAGUACGAGUCCAAGGUCCGAGUGUUUCACCGAGAACGCGUGGAGCGCUUCCACUUUAACUUCUCCCUGGUCAACCAAGUCCACCGCGAGGGAGAGUACAUCCAUGACAAGUUUGCAAACAUCGAGAUUAAGUCGGUCAAGUUCGAGGACUCGCUUUUUGAGAACUGCUACUUUGAGGACAUCAGAUCGACCAACACGUUCUUCGAGAACUGCACAAUCAAAAACACCGUCUUCUAUAACACAGACUUGUGGCAGGAAAAGUUCAAAAACUGUCGAAUGGAAAACACCACCUUCCUCCAUCCAAAGAAAGGCUGUCAUCUAAAUUUCCAGGAGGAAAACGACAUUGUGAUCUAUCUGGUCAGCUUCCUGGGAAGUUUGGCUGUGCUGCCUGGCAACAUCAUCUCAGCACUUUUCAUGGACAAGAUAGGGAGGAUCCGAAUAAUAGGUGGUUCUAUGCUGGUAUCGUCGGCCUGUACUUUCCUGCUGCUCCUAAGCUUCAGUCAAGGAGCUGUAAUCUGUUGGCAGUGUCUUUUCUAUGCUGUCAGUGUGGCAGCCUGGAAUGGGCUGGAAGUCAUUUCAGUGGAGCUCUACCCCUCCUCUAAAAGAGGGACAGCGUUCGGUAUCCUGAACGGGAUCUGUAAGUUUGCAGCCAUCAUCGCCAGCUUCAUCUUUGCAGCCUUCAUCGGCAUCACCAAAAUCAUCCCCAUCUUCCUGGCCUUUAUCGCGCUGGUCUGUGGAGGUCUGGUGGCUCUUAAGCUGCCUGAAACGCGGGAGAAAAUCCUCUCUUGAACAGCCAAACUUCCUGCUGCUUCGCCUCCCCAGACGCAACUUGGGAGGGGAGGGGGGGAGUGCGUCCCGAUGAAAGAUUAAAGGCGCUAUGUUGUGUGGUUUGUAUUCAUGCGGUUACUUAUUUAAAAGAGUCGAAAACCUGUACGGUGGCCUACGUCAACCUGUGGUUGCUCUCUGCUGCCGGGGAGCUCCUCAGGCUGCCCAGCGUUUCUGUCACAACAUAUCAGUCUAGUCUUUGUCAUCCUCUGUCAUCCCACUCUUUGUUCACACACAUCUGUCCUGUCUGGGGUUUGUGUAAAAGAUUAAAACAACGUGUCUGUGUUUGAACGGUUGUGUAGAUCACGUUACCAUUGUUGUGCUUUGGUUUCAUUCCUUCUUGAUGAGAGAGAGAGAAAGAGAGAGAGAGAUGACUUUUAGCGAUAACUUGAAAAUAAUGAGACUUACUGCUAAGUCACAGCGGCAAUAUUACCGUUACUCUGAAAAGAAAACCCCACCGUGAGCACUCACCCAAUGUUUAUUCAGAGCAGUUCUGUGAUGUCUGUAGUCUGUGUCGGCCAGUUUGUUCUCUUUAGGUAAGGUUGUCUCACCGACCAACUUAUUAAACAUAGAUCUUACGUUCUAACUGAUUUGAGCCCUCCUCAGUUUUCCCUGCUGAUCCAGAUCCAAGCAGACCAAGCUCUGUGACUCUGAGAUGUCCUGUUUGUCCUCCAUUGUAGAGCUGUGUGUUGAUGGUGUUGUUUAUGUAGUAUCAGAGUCUUUAUCUGUCACAUCUUGCCAUGACAAAGUGUAAGGAACUGUCUUUUUUUUGUCUUUUUCUAAAGAAAAAGAGAGAGAGAACAAUGCAAAACUGUAAGAUUAGAUGUUUUCACAUGAUGCUCUCAUUUCAACACUCUGAUGAAGAACUGAUCUGCAGAACUUGCUGCAUUUCUAACAUGUGUCAAGAUUUUUUGUGUGGAAUUGUACUAAUAUGGUAUGACUGGCAUAUGCGUGCGAGUUUGUGUGUGUGUGUGUGUGUGUGUGUGGCUGUUAUCAACAUGUCUGGGAACUUACUGAGACACAGUCUAGCAUUACUCUAUUUGUUGUUGUACAUAUAGACCUGUGUAAAUUAGUUGUACCAUAGUAGUUGUAUCAUGACUUGAAUAAAGCUGAGGGACGUAA